AAUACAGAAGAAGAAGAAUUAAUUCUUGGUUUUGUUGAUUUCUCCAAUCUCGUUCACACGAAGUAGAAAAUUGAAUAGGGAUUUAUUAGGAAAGAAAUAUAUAGAUAUCCACGAUAAUUUUGUGUAUGUUAUGGACGUUAAACAAGAAAUGAUUGACGAAGUACCUAUAAGCAACAUUGAAAAUAUAAAUGGGAAAGUCUAUAGAAUGCAUACAAUUAAACAAAAAAUAAAUUAUGACUCAAAUAAGGUUAGAAAAGUAUUUAAUUCUGUUGAUGUAGUUAGAACAAAAAGGAAUAUUCUCUAUACAAACAACUUCAAACAUUCAAAAGUUAAAUGUAGGAAGAAAACCAAAUCACCAGUUACAGAACUACUAAGAAAUAAGAAAUGUAUUGAACCCAAUUCUAAGGGAUUAAUGAUAUGUGUUUAUUGUGGCAAUUUAUACACGAAACAAGUAGAAUUUUUAUAUCACAUUUCAAAAAAUCAUUGCAUAAAGAAAAAAAAUAUUAAACUUCACCAUAAAAGUAGAAAUGAUACUUGUAUUAUGGGAAAUCUUGAUAUAAAAGAUGAAUUCGAAGUAGUCGAACAUAAAUUAAAAAUGGAGUUGCAGGAAAUCACGAAUCAGUUCGAUGUUACUGAUAAUAAUCUAAGCUCAAAUGUACACAAGGAAGGAAGUAAAUCAAAUAUAUAUUUGGGAACUCCCAAACGCUUAAAACCAUUUGAUUGCAUCAUUUGUCCAAAAUCUUUUACCUGUAAAAGUAGUUUAAAUAAACAUUCUCGUAUUCAUACAGGAGAAAAACUUUUCGAAUGUGUUAUUUGCACGAAAUCUUUUCCAUAUAAAAUUAGUCUCAACAAACAUUUAGUUAUGCACACAGGAGAAAAGCCAUUUAAAUGUGAAAUUUGUUUGAAAACAUUUUCUCAUAAAAGUAACUUAAAUACGCAUGCGCGUAGUCACAAAGGGGAAAAGCCCUUCAAAUGUGACGUUUGUUUGACGACUUUCUCCCAUAAAAGUAAUUCAAAUACGCAUAUUAUGCUCAAGCACACAGGAGAAAAGCCAUACGAAUGUGAAAUUUGUUUGAAAACGUUCUCGAAAAAAGAAAGUUUGAAUAUACAUUUCCGUCGACAUACUGGAGAAAAGCCAUUCAAAUGUGACGUUUGUUCGAAAACUUUCUCACAGAACAGUGGUUUGAUUGCACAUGUACGUAUUCAUACUGGAGAGAAGCCAUUUAAAUGCAAGAUUUGUUUGAAAUCAUUUUCUGAUAAAAGUAAUUUUAAUGUACAUAUGCGCAGUCACACAGAAGAACACCCAUUCAAAUGUGACGUCUGCUCGAAAACUUUCUUACAAAAAAUUCAUUUAAUUACACAUUUACGUGGUUACAUUGGAGUAAAGCCGUUCAAAUGUGACAUUUGUUCCAAAAAUUUCUUACAUAAAAAGUCUUUAAAUAAACAUUUGAAUAACCAUAAGUAAAUAAUUCAAAAAAACAUAUUUUGCUAAUAUGAUGGCUAAAAUUACUAAUCAGUGUAUACGAAUUUAAUCUACAGGGUGUUUCGAAAAAAGGUGAUCCCGUCUCUAGGAUAGAGAUAUUUCGUAAAUUCAUCCGUAUUCAAGAUAAACGGCGUUGAAGAAAAAAAAAUUAUAAACAUUUUUUACGAUUUUGCAACAACUAUUGGCAACAUUGUAUUGAAAUCUUAUGCAAAUAUGUUUUGGAAGCUGAUACAUUCGAUGAAUUUGAUUUUAUGUCUGACUCUCAUAGAGGGCGCAUUUUCAUUAGCACUUUUUACCUCGUAUUUCUUACGCCAGUCGCAUAUUCUUUUUCGUAUCUUUUCGAAGAUUUAAUUGGAAUAAUUUGCUUCCGCUAUUUUCUCAGCAAUCUUAUUUGAAUUAACAGCCAUUCUUUCUGAAAAUAUUUUUUCUGCCUUUGUAUAUAAUGUAACCUUAACGACUUCUGUUAAUUUUUAUUUUUUACCUGUUACAGACAAAAGGAAUCUUGUUUUUCAACACACUUAAUCCCGUAAUAAUUACAUACCCUUCAAUUUGGACCUACUCUCUAUGCGCUUCUUUUUAGGCAAUGUACGGAGGUCGAGAAAAAAUUUACCGUGUUUAAUGCUAAUUUUACGCUACAUUCCAAAAUUUGAUGUUAGGUUAAUAAUGUUCUUUUAUUUAAUUAACGUCAGACUGAGUUAGUUUCAGACUUUCUACUGAGCAUUAACUUACAUUAAACAACAUUUUUAAUUGUUGAUUAUACAGAUUAUUUAUUUACUUUUUCCCUGAGGAGUCAUUAAUUUUCUUUUUUAUCGACAUUAAUACCUAUUGAAUGAAUACAAUAAUUUUCAAUUUUUCAAUGAAUUUAGAAACCACACCACCAUACUGAAACACAUACGAUAUGUAUAAAAUAUCAUUUUUGGUAAAAAUGGCACUUACGAUAGUCUGUUAAAAAGGUAUCGAUAUAGAAAUGUUCUUUCAGACAAGUGUUUAUAGAAAUAAUGUAGACAAAGGUACGAAAUGAAUAAUAAUAAAACAAUAAGCUCGAAAUAUAUCCAUUUGAUCAGUACUUUGGAAUCUGCUGACAAUGUAAAUACUAUUUAUUGCUAUUUGGAAUCGUCUGGUAGUGUCACAUUUUCAUAUAAUAACAUUGGUAUCUAAGAGAAAAACAAUUCAAAUCCAUAAAUAUUCAGUUAUUUCUCUGCUUACCAAACAAGAUACACAAUAUCAAUUACAGAUUGUAAUAGAGCAAUCUUUCCAUUCAAAAUAUGUAUAAUUAUGUGUAUAUAAACUACAAUAUUAAUAAAAAUCAAAUAGAAUAGAACGUUAUGUUUGAUUAAUAUAUUAUGGUCUGCAAAUUGUUUAAAUAGGUAUAGAAAUUUAGUUCAUAAUACUUUGUAACUUUUUAUUUUCUAAAAUAUACUUUCUUUAAACUA